AUGCAAUGUAUGUCCGGUUUUCUGGAGGCAUUUCAAAAGAUUGCAGACAUUGCAGAGACAAAUGAUGCUGGUUUACGCCCUUUCGGCAUUGCUCUACGACGAUAUUGUCUCCGUCAGCUCUCCAUUGAGUCCCGUCUUCGUAGUUUUAAUAGUCAGAUCACGGACUGUCUAGUGACCCCUCUCUCAGAUAGGUUGGAGGAGUGGCGUCGAACAUCUAAUCAAAUGGACAGGGACUCCGUCAAAGAACUUCGCAAAGCCAGAGCGGAAUUACAACGUGCUAUGCUAGAAGCUGAAAAAUGCAAAAAGCGAAUUAAGCGCAAGAGCUUCAUUAAAUCCAAGUUGCGAUCUUUAGACCGUGGUGGCGUGACAGCGGCUUUCGAAAAGGACGACUACGAUGCUCCCAGUGUGCAAAUCAACUUCGUACAACAUGAUCUAGCCUGCAAACAAAGGGCUUUGGAACAAUUGGAACAGCGUUGCCUGCAGUCAGUUGCUGAGGAGGAACGCCGACGUUUCGCUGAACUUGCCACAUGCCUUAGCCCUCUUGUCGAUGCCCACCUGAACGUGUUGGCCGAGAUGGGUUCUCUGGAAGAAGUCCUUAAAGAGAUUCAGGCGUCGCAUUCAGAAGUUAUCGCCUCUGUCACAGACUCUAGCGUCGCUCCCAUUCUGACAGAUACCAACUCCGACGGGACAUUCCGUCUUCUUUCCACUCCAUUCGUCAAAUCCAAUGGACAGACGACAAAUAAUGGCAACGCACCUGUCACCACCAACAAUCACCAGAAUAUUCCUUUAGAUCCCACAAUUGCAACUGGUUCUGCUGCUCUCCCUUAUGCUGUUGCUCCAGCCCCUUCGACCCUCAGUAUUACCUCGAAUUCAAUCAACGGAGGUGGAAGCCUACUCUUUGGACACGCGGACUCCAUCUCCACGCUGCAUUCCCCGGAUGAUGAUGCCAUUAACAGAGGGAUACAUCAUCCAUCUAUUCCACCACAACCGGCUUCCGCUGGAUUAGGAUGCGCUAGUAGCCCUGGAGUAAGUUUUCUUAGUAGCUUUAUAAAUUGCGCUAUAAUGUUUCCUUGCUAG